AUAACCCUCAUGUGCUGGGGCUGAUGCAAUACAUGAAGAAGGCACAACGUGUCGUCAGCUACACCAGCUAUUAAACACCCCUUUUCUAACACUAUCUUCCGAGUUUUAUAAAGAUCCCCCUCAGCUAUUUAUCUGGUGACUGUGAAGAUGCCUUUUAUCAGAACAUUCAGCAAGGUGGCUAAGCAGGCCCUCCUGAGCCCAGGAUGUGGCUGUCAGCCAAUCACAGUGGCCGUACGGACCAUCAGCUUCUCGCCCCGCCAGGUCACCUCGGACGCCAGUUUCCACUCCGUGUCCUUCUCCGAGACGGACCACCCCAAGGUGCUCAUCACAGGCGGCCUUGGACAGUUGGGGGUAGGGCUGGCUACAAUGUUGAGGAAGCGGUUCGGAAACAACAACGUGAUCCUGUCGGAUAUCAGGAAGCCUCCAAGCCACGUCUUUCACAGCGGACCCUUCAUCUACUCUGACAUCCUGGACUAUAAAAACCUUCGUGAGAUCGUUGUCAACAACCGCAUCACCUGGUUGGUCCAUUACAGUGCCCUGCUCAGUGCCGUGGGAGAGGCCAAUGUAGCUCUGGCACGCGACGUCAACAUCACUGGGCUCCACAACGUCCUGGACAUUGCAGCGGAGCACGGCCUGCGUCUGUUCGUCCCCAGCACCAUCGGAGCUUUCGGGCCCACCUCUCCCCGGAACCCGACCCCUGACCUCUGUGUCCAGAGACCCAGAACCAUCUACGGAGUCUCCAAAGUCCACGCAGAGCUCAUGGGAGAGUACUACCACCACCGCUACGGCCUUGACUUCCGCUGUCUGCGCUACCCAGGAAUCAUCUCUGCUGACUCACAGCCUGGAGGAGGAACGACAGACUACGCGGUAGCCAUCUUUCACGACGCUGUAAAGACGGGGAAGUUUGAGUGCAACCUGAAGCCAGACACGCGGCUGCCCAUGAUGUACAUCGACGACUGUCUGCGUGCCACCGUAGAGAUGAUGGAAGCGCCCGCAGACACCCUCUCCAUGAGGACAUAUAACAUCAAUGCCAUGAGCUUUUCCCCUGAAGAGCUGGCUCAGGAGGUCCAGAAACAGCUGCCGGACCUGGAAGUCACCUACGACAUCGACCAAGUCAGACAGGCCAUCGCCGACAGCUGGCCAAUGAACUUUGACGACUCUAACGCACGGAACGACUGGGGCUGGAAACACGACUACGACCUCCCGGAGCUCGUCCAGACCAUGCUCAACUACAUCGGCUCAGACUCGCGCAUCGCGAAGGCCAACUGAGGGGCCAGCGGUGGCGUGCUGCUGGGUGGGGUGCUGCUGGGUGGGGUGCUGCAGCAGUGUUGUGUCGUUGUACAUACUGUAAAGACUGUUGUUUUAUAGGAGGGAGACACGUGGUCUGUAAAUAGUCGUUUUCUCUGUCAUUUGGAAGGGCUCUCAAUCUGUCUCUGUCUGUCUUUCUGUCUCGGUAUCCGUCUGUCUGUCUCGGUAUCUGUCUGUCUGUCUGGGUAUCUGUCUGUCUGUCUGUCUCGGUAUCUGUCUGUCUGUCUGUCUGUCUGAACAAGUUACUAGAACGUGGUCGCGUGAGAAGUAGCGGGCCGAUUUCUCUCUCUCUCUCUCUCUCUCUCUCUCUCUCUCUCUCUCAGGAGGAGGUGUUGGAGCACAGGGUCUGAGAACAUGUUGAGAUAAAACAUCAGAGAAGUUGACUCCAUAUGGUUGACUUGCAUGGCUAUACAUUGUUUGCUGUAUUGUUCCAUCUUCAUUUUUAACAGGCAAACAAACAAAAAAGAAUGGCGCUUGAACCCUUCUUCUCUCUGUGGGAGAGCUGAUGUUAAUAAAGGUCACCUCUAUGUAAAGCUAUUGCAAAUGGGGCUAACUGUUGUAGAAUUAUUUAGCCAAAAGCUAAGAAUUCAGGUAUCAAAGGGCCUAAAUUUACAGUCAUAAUCACAUGAAGUGAAAGUUUUAGAUGUAAGAGGUUUACUUAAUAUAAGCGGUGUUUGAUGCACUUUAGAGUAAGAGAGAAAAUGAUUUUAAACCCUUUAAAAAUCAUCAAACAGAUAUACAUUGAGGUGUGGAGGCACACAUCGAGUACACACUUUUGUUCUGCCACUGAUUCUGCAUUCUUCUUUGUAUUCUGUCUGCUGGUGAUAACUGACUGGGAAUCAUGGUGACUCAACGUGCUUCUUGCACUUGUUGUAUGUAAAGUGUGAAUGAAUAGUCCUCCGCUCCUCUGGAAUCCUUUGGCAGCGUCUCAAAUGGUACCCUAUUCCCUAUAUAGAUGGCACCCUAUUCCCUAUCUAGAUGGUACCCUAUUCCCUAUAUUAUGGCACCCUAUUCCCUAUAUUGUGGCACCCUAUUCCCUAUAUUAUGGCACCCUAUUCCCUAUAUAGUGGC